AUGCCAAAAGCAAUCACUAAAAAAUCAAGCAAAAGUAAAAAAUCAACACAAACAGAAACCGCAAAACCAACUGUUGGAUUUUUUGGUAGACUCAGAGCAAAUAAAACUUUAGGAAAUGUUAUUGUAACUUCAGCAAAUAUUAUCACCUUUUCAUUUAAAAAAAUAUUAAAUAUUACUUGGGUCAGCUUAACAUUCUCAGCAAUUUUUUUAACCCCACUUUACAGAGCAAUUGAAACUGAACUUACAACCGAUAAAGAUGACCAAAGUGAAACUUUAGAAGAAAUGAUUGAAUAA